UUUCCUCGAAGCUGCCUUCCAAUGGCUACCUCUUCGGUCUCCUCUACAUAUAAUCUCUCUCCUCCCCAGCUCAUCUAGCCCAUUCUCCGUCUCUCGCCCCGCCAACACCCCUCACCCUCCAUUUCAGGCAGCCAUGAAACUCGCCACCAAGUUGAACCCGAAACGGCUUUUGAGUUCCAAGAAGACCCGCUCCCUCUCCCGAUCGGACCUGCCGUCCUUCGGCUCCGGUUCAUCCUCUUCGGAACCCGGCAAGGCGACCCCGCAGAGCGUGCUGCCAUCCAUCUCGUCAGAGACGUUGGGUGACUGGUCGGAAGUAUCGGCGGAGACGCACUUGGAGUUGUCCCAAGCCUUCAAGAUGAUCGACAAGGACGGCGACGGGAAGAUAACGAGGGGGGAGCUGGAGGCCGUGCUGAGGCGGGUCGGGGCGGAGCCGCUGAGCGAGGAGGAGAUGGCCUCGAUGCUCGGCGAUAUUGACGUGGACGGCGACGGGUGCAUCAGCCUGGCGGAGUUCGGCGCGAUGGGGCCGGCUUUCAGCCCGCCGGCGUGCGACUCGGAGCUCCGCGACGCCUUCGACGUGUUCGACGCCGACCAGGACGGGCGGAUCACGGCGGAGGAGCUCCGCGUGGUGUUCGCUGCCAUCGGCGACGAGCGGUGCACGUUGGAGGACUGCCGGCGGAUGAUAAGCGGCGUGGACAAGAACGGGAACGGGUUCGUGUGCUUCGAGGACUUCGCCCGUAUGAUGGAUUGGCGGAGAUGAGCGCCGUCCCGUCCGGUGGCCGGAGUUCUCUUGGGUUCUCUUUACUCUGGGUUAUAUCAUAUGCCUCUUUGGGCAUUUAUUGGGCAACCCAAGCAAGCACAAAAAGGAGGGCUUUAUGGGUACUUUAUCAACUGGGGAAGCAAUCUAACAGUGCCUUGUCCCCUUCUAUAUAUGUGCUUGAAUUUCUACUUGUGUUCUCCCUUUUCUUGCUUGUAUUAUUGCCAAAAGUCGAAUCGAACCGAAUCCAAGAGCGCGGGGAGAAAGGAUUUCCGUUUGCCCAUAAUAUUUCUUUUGAGUAAUGAACCCAGUUGGAGGAAUUUUUGUGCUUAUGAGUUGUCCUGAUCUGUAAAUAAAUUUAUGUUAUUAUGUCUUGGGAGAAAUGUAUUAAUUUUCAAAUAAUUUAAUAAAAUUAUGUUACAAUUUUCAAACCA